AUGGAUCCACCAGCUUUACCUCCAAGACCAAAUCAAUUUAUUGGAAAUAAUAAUGAAACUCAUAAUGGAGUUUAUUCAUAUAAUUCUACAUUAGGAUAUAAUGGAUUAAAUAAUCCAUAUGGUAUAGGAUAUAAUAAUAUAUAUCCAUAUAAUAAUAUGCAUAAUUUAUUUAAUGGUGGGAAUUAUAAUUAUAGUGGUAUAACACCUGAAAGUAAUUUUGUACGAUUAGCAGAAGAGUCAUCUAGAGGAGCAUUUCAAUCUAUUGAGUCAAUUGUUAAUGCAGUAGCUUCAGUUGCUCAUAUGUUAAGUUCAACACAUAAUGCAUUAUUUAGUUCUUUUCGUGCUGUUAUUGGAGUAGUUGAACAAUUUAGUAAAUUAAAAGUCCAAUUAAUUGGUGUAUUAGAAACAUUUUUUAUAUUUAAAUUUAUUAAAAAAUUAUGGAAAUAUAUUUUAGUUAAACUUGAAUUACUUCCUGAGUCUAGUUUAAUAAAUGAUACAGUUUGGAAGACACCUCAAAAACCAUUAAAAGCAAAUGAAUGGAUAGCAAAAGAAUUAAGUGGUCAUACUGGAAAUGGAGUUAAUUGGCCAGCUCUUCUUUUUUGGAUUAUUGCUAUUGGUGGUCCAUGGUUAAUAUAUAAAUUUGUUACUCGUAUGGUAAAUACAAUAGAAGAAUCAAGAAAAUGGGCAACAGGUAAUAGUGAUCAUUAUACAGCUACUGGGCUUUAUACAUUUCAAGGAAAUACAUCAAAUCAUGAACUUUCAUUUAAUAAAGGUGAUAUUCUUAGAGUAGCACCUAAAAAUCAACAACCACCAAUACGUGGAUGGUUAUUAGCUUCAUCUGAAGAUGGAACUAGAAUAGGUUUAGUCCCAAUUAAUUAUAUAAAAUUAGAAAGAAAAACAACAAGUCCUCCAACCUUACAAAAUAUAGAAGAUAAUUUAUUUGAAAAAAUUAAAGAAAGUACAAUAAAGAAAAAUGAUUUAUAUAAGUCAACUUUUAUGAUACCCCAAAUAAAUAAUUUACCAUGCAAAAGCACUUGA